AGACUGUUCCCUCCCUCCAUCUCAGCUGCUGAUUGGUUUUAUAAGCGGGCUUGUCAGCCAUCACAACGGGGGUUACUGCUGUGCUAGCUAGCUAGCCUGAGUAAGACCAGACGCCGUUUUAUGUAUCUAUUUUCAGUUUGACUUUUCUAUUUCUACUAUUUGGCUAAUGUUGGAUAGACAGCAUGGAUUUCAACGAAUUGUUUAGUGAACGAACAUUUCAAUUUUCUGACUUUCAGGAGUUUACGUUUCUUCCUGGACAUCAGAAACUGUCAGAGAGAGUGCGGAAGCGAUUGUACUAUGGCCUGGACCAAGACGGCUCUCUAGAUUCCCUUUCCUGUCCUGUUACAGAUAUUGCUGUGGAACUCCUUCAGAAAUCUGCCCCUAGCCCAAUUCGAAAACUGCACAAGAAAUAUGCUGCUCAUGUCGCGAGGGAGGCGUGCAUCUCUCCAUGUGCCAUGAUGUUGGCCCUGGUCUACAUCGAAAGGCUACGACACAGGAACCCCGAAUACCUGCAAAAGAUCUCCUCCUCGGAUCUCUUCCUUAUCUCCAUGAUGGUUGCCAGCAAGUAUUUGUACGACGAAGGGGAGGACGAGGAGGUGUUCAACGACGAGUGGGGAGCAGCUGGAAAACUGGACGUCCAGACUGUCAACACCCUGGAGAUGAAUUUCCUCGAUGCCAUUGAGUGGAGCCUCUUCACUGAGCCCGUGGACUACUUUGGCAUACUGAAUCAACUAGAAACCAGUAUUGCAGAGAAGCAGGGGAUGAAGCGAGGCUGGUUCACCUACACUGACCUCUGUGUGCUGCUGGAGCAGGCGGCGUGGCGACAGGCACUGACGGCCAUCUACCUGCACUUUGCCAAGGUGACCUGCAUGCUGGGGCUGGUGUAUCUGACCAGUGUCGCGGGCCUUAUCGCCACCAGCCUCCCCAGGAGCAGCCAGCCCCUGGCCCCAGUCCGCCAAGUCCACCUGCCGAGCUCCAGCCUCUCUCCACCACCACUAGGCCUGCUCCCAGUCCCAGAGACCCCCAGUCCAGCAUCCGACCUCCCUCGCUGCUGCGUCUUGGGCAACGACAGUCACAACCGCCGGCCUGGCACUCUCCACACCCACGACGACCACAACCACGGCUCGCCAACCUCCUCCCAGACCUCUAUACUGUGUCUAUGGGGCUCUAUCCUCACUUCGCUAAGCCACACUGACCCACACCCCCAGCCUGACACUGAACCAGCCUUGUCCGCCUCCUCUCUGCACUGCCCCGGCUGCCCAGUUAUAGUGGGGAGCCUCCCUCCUGGCUCCAUCCAGUGCGACCCACGGAAUACCUCUGCUCCACUACUUGAGCCUGGACCCCCUGGUCACCCCGCAGCACCGUGGCUGGCCCCUGCCCCCCUCCUCUACGGAGCCACCCCGAUGCUCCUGGACUCCCGUCUGACUGGCAUGGCACCCCUCCGUGUCGGACCCUGCUGCCCACAGUUCAUGCUGCCCAUCGAGAAAGCCCCAUCUCUCCUCAUGCCCAGCUAGACACAGACGGACAAAACAAGCCACUAUCGUUACCCUUCAAUGACGAUGACGCUGGACUCCAAAUGAAACCAGCUGGUUUUUCAGAAUGCAUCCGUUGCAGUGAAAGGGAAGUGAAAUUUUAUUUUGUAUUUGCUUUUUUUUGCAUAUACUGUCUAAAUUUGAGAUAAGGGCCCCUAAAGGCGAGUAGCACAUUUUGUACAGUGGUUUGCCAGCUGAAUUGGUGUAAAUAAGUAAGAUGAACUCAUAACAGCGUGAGAUCUGAGUUCUGUGUUCAGACACUUAUCUUUUCUAACAUUUUAUUUCUCAAAGGUUGGAUCACAUAGCUUUUCAAUGGGUGUUUCUAGAAGGUGUGUACAUGACAAACUAAUAUUUCAUGUUUGGUUUAAAAAUACACCAAAAUAUGUUUAAGCAUGGCUACCAUACUCGCACAGCGUUUGUUACUACCUGAUCUUUAGCCUGGGUACCAGAUUUGUUUGUGGAAUGAUGGCAUCAUGGAACAAACAGACUGGUACCCAGGCUACCUACUCUUUACUUAUGUUUGAAAAUGGGGGCUUGUGGGAGUUGGGAUAAGUCAUGUUUUUAGAUGGAAGAGUUAAGUUUUGAUGCGACGUCAUAGCUAUUUGAGAAUGUGAGAAAGUAAGUUGUCUCCAUAAAAGCAAGGCUGCUUUCUAAGUCAGUACUGUAGUGCUUUAAGAAGGGAGUCAAGCCUGGUCCCAGAUCUGUUUGUGCUCUUGCCAACUCUAUUGCUCUCCUUGUCAAGCCAAACAUUGCAUGACAAUGAGUGAGAAGGAGUUGGAAUGAUGGCACAAACAGACUUGCACUCAAGCUAGAGACAACUAGCUAGCCUGCAUUUGAUUUGCCGUGGAGUCGUUGGGUCAUUUUUGGUAUGUUAAUAAUAACUAGACCAGCAAAGCCUCAGAUGGCUACUGGUCCCUGCACUGAACAACAGUAGAGAUUUAAAUGAUUUUUUUAUUCCAGUGAAAAAACAUGAAAUUCAUAUCUCAGUAUGGCUGCCCCUCAAGUCGUGUUCAUUAGGGCACAUUGUAGCGAAAUGUUUUAAACCGCUUUGCAACAGUAAACGAAGAUAGUUCAGCAAGUACAUUUGUUUCUGAACAUGACCCUGAACUCGGAUAGCACUGGGUGAGAUGCAACUCUGAGAGUGCGGGCUUUUAGUUUAUUUUUCAAGUAACUAUUUAUUUUACCAUGACAGAAUGCAGUGGCUAUCUCUGAUUUCAUGUUUGUCCAACAGAAUGCCACGCAACUCAAAUAGGUCAUAACCAGUCUACUGUUUGCCGUUUUUUUUAAAUAAGCGUUUUGAGUAUGAUGGCGCCUAACAUCAAACAUGAUUUGUUUUGGAAAUGUAUCUAAUGAUUGCAAUUUUCAUCCAAUAACCUUUUCAUGGAAACCUAACAUCCUCAUAUGGGUGAGUUGUAUUGUGAAAAACACAAUUAUUAUUAUUAUAUAUAUAUUUUAAGAGAUCUGUUUUUCAUUUUCUGCAAUUAAUUAGUAGCCCUCUUUAACAUACCCAUUUGGUUGGGGAGACCUGACCAACAGUAACAGCCACUCAAUCACUCACAAACCAUUUGUCUUCUCUACCUGCUCAAAAAUGGAACAUGUCUUCUUUCUCCAUAGAAAUAGAAUUCCUUGAAUGGGGAUGUAAAUCCUAAGUAAUACUGUUUCUAUGUCUCUCAUCCCGGAAAAACAGUUAGCUCUUCUCAUAUUUUUCUACUCAAGAUAGUUUCUUGCUAGGGAAUUUGUGAUUAUUUGUACAUUUUGACUUGGUUUUACGUUGACACGUUUCUGACAAGGCCAUGAGGCACUGUGGUCCCUAGGACAUGAACUUUGGCUUUUGUUGAUUUUCUGGAAGCAUCUAAAUAAAACCUUUUCAAAUCAGACUGAGAUUUUGAAGCACGAAAUCCUUGAAUUUUGUAAACAAUGUACAAAACAUUCAAUGUGUAGAAAUCUGUAAAAAAUGUAAUAAAAUGUUUGACCCUUUUAAA